AUGAAGCUCAACGGCUUCGUACUGCCGGCAUUAGCUGGCGUCGCCACCGCCAACACCGCCAACUCGGAACCUCACCAUGCGCAGGCAUACAUGCUGAGGCAAUCCAACACCCUCACAUCCACCGCGAACCCUCCUUCGAUACCGAACCACGUCGCCGAAGCCAUCCUCCUCCAACGCCUCAGCUCGCCCGAGAAGAGAUUCAACCUGGGCCGCCUAUCAGACUCUCUAGCCGGAGAUGAGGCAGUCUCGUAUAUAAACCAGUUCGGAAAGCCGCCUCGACCGCUGUUCGAACAGACGGAUGCGAGCGAACCGAAUCAGCUCGUCAUCGCUCUCUCUGGCCUCACAGCUGAGAACUACGACCAGGUCAAGGCCGCCAUCCCCCGUGUUCCGCUUGCAUUCACAGCCCCUGGCUUGAGCCAGUUGUCCGUUCGAGAGACACCGGGCUGUGCGUUUGGCCCGUCGAUCAACCCGACGAGCGCCAAGUGCUGGAGCGGCAAGACCCAAUAUCUGCAUUACGAUGUAUCCAAGGACCGCAACGUGGUUACUCAACUCGGGCUGAACCUCGCGACCUUGAAAGCGCAAGCUCUCGACGGCAAGAUGGAGACCACUAUCCUUCUCCUCGACUCCAACACCGCCGCCUCGACCCCCGACUUGGAAGAGCUCCGACGCCGACAGCUGGAGGAAGAGCUGGUCAUGAGUGAGGAUCUGGAGACCUCGACUACCAAUACCGAGCCGACCAGCACCCCGGUCAAGGCCAUGCACGCCUUCACUGCCGCCCAGCCGACAGUGGUUCCCGCCUGCUUCGCCUCGCAUAAUGCCUGCGUGACGGCGACCAACGAAUGCUCGGGUCACGGCGUGUGCAUCGACCGCUGGGACAAAAUCACCGACCAGAACGCAUCAUGCUUUUUCUGCUACUGCGAGUCUACCCGGGAAUACAACGAGACCCAAAAAGUGUCACAUAUCUACCACUGGGGCGGCUCCAUGUGCCACAAGCGCGACGUCAGCACGCCAUUCUGGCUGUUCGCCGGCACCACCAUCGCCCUCGUGUCCACCAUCGCAUUCGCCAUUGGCUUGCUCUUCAGCAUCGGCGAGGAGAAACUGCCCGGUGUCAUUGGAGCUGGUGUGUCGCGGUCCAAGUAG